AUGGCACCCAAUGGAGUAAGCGAGUCCCCAGUGGACGUAUCUGUAGCGACGACUGCGAUGAACCUCCAGGCUACAUCUGACCUGGUUAAGCAGCUUGCUGCUGGGAUUGACGCACUGACAGCAGGGGGUGGUAAGGAUGACACUCUACGACAGGAUCUGAGCAUCAAAGCGCGAGAUUUGAUGCUCUCACUUGAAACGCCUAGAGAGACGAGUAUUAAGCAUAUUUGGGCAGAGACUGGUGCUACAGGGGCAAUUAGCUGGGGCGUGGACUGUGGCCUGUGGAAACAGAUUGCUCGCAAUGGAGACAGGCCGCAAAGCGUCCAAGAGCUUGCCUCCCAAGUCGGCGUUGACGCUCUUCUUUUGGCGAGACUGCUCCGCCACUUAGCAGCAUGCGGGUUUAUCGCAGAAACUGGACCUGAUGAAUACAAGCCUACCAACUUCACCAAGUCUCUAAGCUUGGACAUCAUUGGUGACGCUUACAUUGCGUUACCAUCUAGCAGCGGUGGCGGGCAACUCAAGUUCCAUGAAUUCAACCGCAAGCGUGGUUGGAAGAACCCAACUGACGCUCACGACACAAGUCUUCAAUAUGCGCACAACACAGACAAAGAUCUGUUUGCGUAUCUCCAGGGACUUGGGUAUGGGCAGCACUUCAACAAUCACAUGCGCGGCUACCGACAGGGUCGUCUUCCGUGGAUGGCACCUGGAUUCUUUCCAGUCAAGGAAAGACUCAUCGAUGGGCUGGACACGAGCGAAGACCCGGUUUUACUGGUUGAUAUUGGCGGCAGUGUCGGCCAUGACCUGGAAGAGUUUACUAAGUACCAUGGGGAGGCGCCAGGGAAGUUGAUUUUGCAGGAUCUACCAGCCGUCAUCACAGAGAUAAAAGAUCUGAACCCAAGAAUCACCCCCAUGGAGUACGAUUUUCAUACUGAGCAGCCAGUUAAAGGUGCCCGAGCAUACUACCUGCACAGCUGCCUCCACGACUGGCCAGACAGUGUUUGUGAGAGCAUUCUGUCUCGCGUCAAGGCAGCCAUGAAGCCUGGGUAUAGUAAGCUGCUCAUCAACGAGAACGUUAUCCCUUCUACGGGCGCUUGGUGGGAGUCCUCAGCACUGGAUAUGACCAUGUUGAUGCUCUUCAGCGCCAAGGAGCGCACUGAAGCUGAUUGGUAUGAUUUGAUCGAGCGGGCCGCUGGCUUGAAGAUUGUCAAAAUCUGGAGCGGAGGAAGAGGCGUUGAGAGCUUGAUUGAAGUUGAGCUCCCGUAG